AUGGAGGGCGACGGCGAAGAUCAGCUCAAGCGGAAGAAGAACUUCUUCGAUAGCAUUGGCUUGCCAAGCGACGAUGAUGAGACUCCCGAUCCAGGCCGAACAGAAGCUCAAUCUGCCAUCGCAUCGACUUCGUCAAGACCUCUUGCCCGAUCUGUGUCCGACAGCAGAGUCAAUGUUGGCGAACGCUUGAUGCAAGAAGCCAACAAACCGCCUUCAUCGAGUGAGCCACAGAACAUUGUAGCGAAGGCAACCAUCAACAUGCAAAAAAAGCCUCCGACUAGUCUGCGCAAGACUGUCUCGGAUGUCAUUAGGCCCAAGGAGUCGAUCCAAAAUACUGGGAAACGGAAGCGCAGCGAUCUCGUUCCAGCCGAGCAGCAACUGUUCGAAGGUCUGCACUUCUACUUCUUUCCCAACGAUGACAGACAUCCGGCGCGGCGACUGAGAAUUGCAAAAGCCAUGCAAUUCGGAGCUGUCUGGGACAAGACCUGGAAUUCCAACAUCACGCAUGUGGUCAUGGACAAAGGCAUGGACUACCGGCAACUCAUAAAGUUCUUGAAGAUGGAGAAGCUGCCAGAAAGCGUCAUCGUCGUGUCUGAGGACUAUGUUGCUCAGUCGAUAACGUAUCGAACGCUACUCGAUCCAAAGCAAGCACGCUUUGCUGUCAAGGGCCUCGAGAUGCCGUCUUUCAAGCAGGUCGAGUCAACGGAAUCUGACACGUCUUUGCCAUUAAAGCCGCCCACGAAGGAUACCGUCGCUCGCCAGCCUGAGACUCCACCCGCAGAGGCUGUUGAGGUGGCUGCUACAGCGUUGGAUAGAGUCUUCGAGAAUCAGCAACUCGAUGAAGAAGAGCCUGAACGCAUACCAAACAGCUUCGAAGCAACUGAGAGCAACAAAGAGUUGGAUGAAGCCAUCAGAACGGCAAGAACGCUGAGGGAUGUGCCGCUAGACGAAGAAGGCGAGAGCCGACCUGGGACGUCCGAAGGCCCAGACUCGGGUGAUGAGGAGCAGGAUACUGGUUUGAAGUUAUUGAAGCAACGAAAAAGUAAAUUCAACCGCCUCCAAGACAAAUUCCAAUGCAUGGAGAAGCAUACUGGAGAUAAGUCAAACUCGCCGAAUCAGGCGACCAUCGACGUGUUACAGCAAAUGGCCGACUACUAUGGCCAGACUGGCGAUGAGUGGCGAAUCAGGGCUUACCGUAAAUGCAUCACGAGUCUGCGAAACUAUCCUACCAAAAUCACGACUCGGGAAGAAGCAGCCAAACUACCCAAUGUCGGGCCCCGUCUCGCGGAAAAGAUCGAAGAAAUUGCGUUCACCAACCACCUGCGACGGCUCGACAACGCGAAAGCAGAACCCAGCGACCAAGUGCUGCAAACAUUCAUGCAAGUUUACGGCGCCGGAAUCGUCCAGGCCAACCGGUGGGUCCGUGAUGGCUACAGGACCCUCGACGAACUAUUGCAAAAAGCAGACCUCACAGACAACCAACGCAUCGGCAUCUUGCACUACGAAGACUUCAACUCACGCAUCCCGCGAGCUGAAGUCGCUCAGCACGGCACCAUCGUCCGCAAAUGCCUCCAAGCCAUCGAUCCCUCAUUUGAGGUUAUAGUCGGAGGCUCAUACCGCCGUGGCUCUAAAGACUCCGGCGACAUCGACUGCAUCGUCACUCGACCCAACACGGACGCAGAUCACCUGCGCAACGUCGUGCUCGGCCAGCUGGUGCCCCAAUUGACCGCAAAAGGCUUCCUCGUGGCCAGUCUCGCCAUCACGUCCAAAGACGACGGCAGUAAAUGGCACGGAGCUUCCCGCCUCGCAGGCUCCAAGACCUGGCGACGACUGGACCUAUUGCUGGUGCCUUCAGACGAACUGGGCGCGGCACUAAUAUAUUUCACCGGCAACGACAUAUUCAACCGUAGUCUAAGGCUACUGGCGAGCUACAAGGGUAUGCGAUUGAACCAGCGUGGCUUGUAUCGAGAUGUCAUAAGAGGGCCGAAGCGGGUGAAGGUGACGGAAGGGACGUUGGUGGAGGGGAGAGACGAGAAGAAGAUUUUCGAGGCAUUGGGGGUGCCUUGGCGGCCUCCUGAGCAUCGGAUUUGUUGA